AUUGCGAUCACGCAGCCUCGACGAGUCGCGGCGAUUACGCUGGCGCGACGAGUGGCGGAGGAGAUGGGGAGUCCGUUGGGGAACUCGUCGCCGGCGAGUCGGGUGGGAUACUCGGUGCGAUUUGAUACGUCUGUUUCGGCGAACACGCAGGUCAAGUUCCUGACGGAGGGGAUGCUGUUGCAGGAGAUGCUGCAUGAUCCGUGGUUGACCAAGUAUAGUGCGGUGGUGGUGGAUGAGGUGCACGAGCGGGGUGUGAAUGUGGAUCAGGUGUUGGGGUUUUUGAGGAAUAUGGUGGCUGGGAAAAGGGAGGGGAGAGGAGGGGUGCCGUUGAAGGUGGUGGUGAUGAGUGCGACGGCCGAUAUGGAGAGUUUGACGGGGUUCUUUAGGGAGGGGUUUCAGAAGACGGAGGCUGGAGCCGAGUCUGAGUCUGAGGGGAAGGUGAGGGAUAUCGCCGCGUGCCAUAUCAAGGGACGGCAGUUCCCCGUCAAGACGAUUUACUCCCCGGAGCCGGUCCAUGACUUUGUCGAUGCCGCGCUGAAGGUCAUCUUCCAGAUCCAUUACAAGGAGCCGCUGCCCGGCGAUAUCCUGGUGUUCCUGACGGGUCAGGAGACCGUGGAGGCGCUGGAGAGUCUCAUCAACGAGUAUGCCACGGGGAUGGACCCCGAGCUGCCCAAGAUCCAAGUGCUGCCGCUCUUCGCGGCGCUGCCUCAGGUCGCUCAGCAGCGUGUGUUUCUGCCCGCACCGCACCGGACCCGCAAGAUCAUCCUGGCUACGAACAUCGCCGAGACCUCCGUCACGGUGUCGGGGGUGCGAUAUGUUGUCGACUGCGGAAAAGCCAAGGUCAAGCAGUUCCGUUCGCGGCUCGGGUUGGACUCGCUGCUCGUCAAGCCCAUCUCGAAAGGCCCCGGCCAGUGCUACCGACUAUACACGGAGAAAGACUAUCUGGCGCUGGACGAGGUCAACACGCCCGAGAUCCUGAGAUGCGACCUGAGCCAGGCCCUGCUCAACAUGAAGGCCCGCGGCGUGGACGACAUCAUGGGCUUCCCGUUCCUGACGCGGCCCCCGCGCGAGUCCCUCGAGAAGGCGCUGCUCCAGCUCCUCAGCAUCGACGCGCUAGAAGAAACCGGACAAAUCAGCUCGGUCGGCCUCCAGAUCGCCAAGCUGCCUCUCACCCCAACCCUGGGGCGCGUGCUCCUCGCGGCGUCGGAAUUCGGGUCCAGCUGUUUGUUGGAUGUGAUCGACAUCAUCUCUUGUCUCAGCGUCGAGAACAUCUUCCUGAACGUCACAUCGGAAGAGAAGAAGGAACAGGCCGAAGUGGCGCGCCGGGACCUCUUCCGCCGCGAGGGCGACCAUCUCACCAUGCUUUCGACCGUGCAGGCCUACGCCGCCGAGAACACCGACCGAAAGGCCUGGGCGGAGAGACAUCUCGUCUCGCACCGCGCCAUGCAGUCCGUGAUGGUACGUCAGCCCUGCCUUACCUCGAUCAUCCAUGCCGUCAACCCCCUUAGAGCAUAGUAUUUAUUCACUAACCCCCCCACAGGACGUCCGCAAGCAACUCAUCAUGCAAUGCCGACAAGCCAGGCUCCUGCCCAACGAUCCCGCGGAAUCGUCCAUCCGCGAC